CAACCUCUGUCUUUGAUGACCGACCUACAUUUUCACCCUGCAUCUAUUGUGAGGCGUCGAGCCGUCUUUGGCGAAAUCAGAGAUAGACGCACACGAACGUCCACUCUGGGUUCGCUCGUAUCAGAGACCUCCGAUAGUAGUAUGUCUUUGCAGCUGCCUGAGAACGUUACAAUGCGCGAUGACUACGCCAUUGACGCAAUGUUGUGGUCAAGGCGAACACAUCACUUAUUCGAAUGGAUCGCACGCUCCGAGUCUUCGAUGCCGCCUUUCUACCAACCCUCAUGCUGCCCAUUCUGUAUUGCGCAGUAUAUUGCUAGCAACGUCAAUCCGAGCACGGCUUGGAAUGUUGGGCGUCGUCGAGCUGUCAGGACCCUCUCUGAGGUAUCGGGGCCUCAGGCUCUCCAUCACGACAUCAAUGCUCACGCUAUAUGUUAUAUUUUGAUCACCUUUCAAUAUCCCUUACCCCUUCAACCUGCCACUGAAUCAACAAUCAUGAACGAGCCUGAGGAAAGCUCAUCAGAGACUGGCGGUCAUGGUGUAUGAUGACUGUGGCGUGGGUGUACAGGUUGCGUUGAUCAUAUCUAUUUUCGACGAGAACAUGACUCGGAGCUCUGUUCAAGACCGUGUAGUAUCCAGGUGAAGGAGCAGAUUAGUACACGGAGUUCUCAGUUGUACACACAUCAUGAUCUAUAUUCAGUCUACCCUGUUCCUUGGUACAAUGGACUCGGGAAGUGCAUUAUGUAUAUUCCUCAUCUUAACUUACAUGGAUUUCCGCCUUAAAUGCCUCCACUUGAAACUUCC